UUAAUUGUUAACAAAAACCACAAGUAUGCAUAUAUACAAUGCAUAUAGGGGUUCCCUUUUUAAUUAGGCUGGGGUUGCUUGUACCUGCCUGUGUCGACAGAAAGAAGAGAAGGAAAAGAGACAAAGAGGCGUCAUCAUCAUCGUUCCCCGAACAGGCCUGCGGUGUUGGAUCCGUCGUGCGGAGAUGAGGGGUCUGCGAAAGUCAUCCAUUAGGACACCCGCUCUCCUCCAUCUUCUCUGCGCCGCCGCUAUUCUCUCUCUCUUUGUUUUCGCCAUUAACUCUUCCUUCUCCGCCGCUCCCAAAUUCCCCCUUUAUCUUCCAGGUAACCAGCAAAUCACAAAAACUAACAAACUCGAUCUUCGGAUUUUGUCUGAUUUCCAGUCCACUCUUCAACAAUGCGUGGCAAACAGAGGACUUGGACUCACUGCUCAGAUAAUAGAUCACUGUAAUUUGAUUCUCAAGUUUCCUGAAGGGACUAAUAGCACCUGGUACAAUGAGCAGUUUAAAAUAUUUGAGCCCUUGGAGUACAAGUAUGAUGUUUGUGAAGCAAUAUUAUUGUGGGAACAGUAUCGUAAUAUGACUACAGUGUUGACAAGAGAGUAUCUAGAUGCACGGCCUGAUGGGUGGCUAGAUUAUGCUGCAAAGAGGAUAGCACAGUUAGGAGCAGACAAAUGCUACAACAAGACUCUUUGUGAAGAACAUCUUAAUGUGCUGUUACCAGCAAAACCACCCUUCCAUCCUCGCCAGUUUCAAACUUGUGCGGUUGUUGGGAAUUCUGGAGAUCUCUUAAAGACGGAAUUUGGGAAGGAAAUUGACAGUCAUGAUGCCGUGAUAAGAGACAAUGAGGCCCCUGUUAAUGAGAAAUAUGCCAAGUAUGUAGGUCUGAAGAGAGAUUUCCGGCUCGUAGUUAGGGGCGCCGCACGUAACAUGAUUCCAAUUCUGAAUGGGUCAGAUGAUGAAGUGCUUAUUAUCAAAAGUCUGACCCAUAGAGAUUUCAACACAAUGAUAAAGCAAAUCCCAAACCCAGUUUAUCUGUUCCAAGGAAUUGUGCUUCGUAGAGGUGCCAAAGGAACUGGAAUGAAAUCAAUAGAACUGGCACUUUCCAUGUGUGAAAUUGUUGACAUCUAUGGUUUCACUGUUGAUCCUGGAUACACUGAGUGGACCCGAUACUUCUCGACCCCAAGGAAAGGGCACAAUCCACUUCAAGGAAGAGCAUACUACCAGCUCCUAGAAUGCCUUGGUGUUAUUAGGAUCCAUUCUCCAAUGAGAGCCGCAAGGAAGCAAGACUGGUCUGAUAUACCAAGUCGAGAAACAAUAAGCAGAGCUCACUCCGCUGCAGUACGCUUGAAAAAGAAUCAAGCUGGCCAAGAGGGUGAUCAGGGACAAUUCCGCAACUGUAAAGUAUGGGGACACUCGGGCCCUUACGGCAGUGGACCUGUAUCUGGAUCACCAGAUAUGAGUGAUGUCCGGAAGAACUCAAACUACAGCAAAUGGGAGAUCAUGCCUUUUGAGAAAUUAAGUAAAGCUGCACAAGAUCAUUUCACUCAGAUGGAGGGCGUAUCCUUAUAUAAAAUGGAUGGUAAUAAGUUGGAUGAUCUAGUCUGUGUGAGGCAUUCCUUGAAGUCUGAAGUGUGACAGCCUUUGGCUAACUGGGAGCUGCUGCAGUUACCUCUCUUUAUUGGGAUCUGCAAUUAGUGAAAACUUGUAUCCCAUUUGCUGCUGUUCAAACAGAUUGUCUUGCAGUUUGCGUAGACACUGUUGACUGGUGGGUUUAUGAGAAUAGCAGUGGUGGUCGGGGCCAUACAUUAUACCUCUCUUGGAAAUUCAUGCGACUUAUCAAAGGAUGGGCUCUACAUCAGGCAAUGCCGUGGAUGCUUUCUGAAAAAAUCAGGUUUUCUGUUUAAACAUGGAUGUAUUGACAAAAUCAGAUUCGAAUGUUCUGACGUGCAAUAGCAAUUUCAAAUCAACAUUGUUAUCA